AUGGGUUCACUUAAAUGUUUUAUCUUAGGAUUUCAAGAAUUUCUUACAACACCUAGUCGUUUAUGGAGAAUGCAUUGUCAUUUAACACAGCUCACAUCUAGUAAUGUACAAAAUACCAAAAUUCAUGAGCAUCAACGUGAACGACAAAAACGUUUACAAAUUCGAAUUCCAAGUUCAGAUAGAUUAACAAGUAUUGCAUCACAUAUUGAACUGCCUGGUUCAAGUGUUGAGAAAUUCACAGGGUUUAUUGGAACCAUUGGCAAGAAUGUGGUUGAUAAAUGUAGGACUGAUAUUGGUGUUAGCCAUAAUCUCGUAUUUAUUUUCCCUAAUUCCACUAACCCAUCGCUUGUAUCAUGGUUCGAGUCUUCACGUUUCUGUCACAUCGUCCAUCGAUUAUUCUCAUGCAGUGUACACAUAGCAUUGCUUUUAUUUAUGGAGUUAGUCAAUCUUUUGUACUUGAAAAAAAUAUGCGAUCGUAUAACCUUGUUAUCUAUGACUAAAGAAUAUCGAUAUAUUCAAAGAACUACUACACGAUGUUGUAUACUUUUUACUGGUUUAUCAAAAUUUUCUGCUAAUGAUCGUUCAAAUGUUUUCUUAAACUCUGCAAUCGGUGGUACAAUCAUGGAUCGUUUAUAUACACUAAUCUUUUUUAUGAUAUUUCAAUUACAAUGGAGUUUAUUGGCUACAUUGUCAGCAAAUUACUGGAUUGGUCACGUGAUCAACGCUUUCUCUGUUGCUUUCUUGUAUGCAUGUUAUGCAUUUGAAUAUCGUUGGCGACAAGUUGCCGGCACUACCUUUGAAGGAUUUUUAGGAAGAAUUGUUGAUAAUUGGACAUAUUUCCUCGGAUACGGUCUACCACUUGGUUGUGCAUCUAUUGUAUUCCCACAUUUUAUUGGUUGGGGUGGUGUAAUUCUUGCAAUAGGUUAUCCAGUUCUUGUAAUUGGUGCAUUAGGUAGUCGUUGGCGUCCAUUUGAUGUGAAUAUUAAUGUGAAAGAUGAAUGGAAAUUAUUUCAUUUAUUACGUUAUUGUUUAAUUAUUUCACUUCGACCAGCAUUAUGGGUUUCUAAUUUAGUUGUACAAACUACUGCAUGGUUUGUUUAUCAAUUUUGGUUUCAACAAAAUUAUCCAAUUACCAAUGAUGAAAGUCGUCAAUUUUGAAUAUUUAUUAGUAUAUUCGUUGAAUUGUUAACUUCAAU